AUGAUCAAAUCCACUUCCCUCAAACUCACUUGGCGAAAAGCUGAAUMUGUCAUCUUCGAACUCGUUGUCAACACGAGGUCCCCUUGUCGAAGUCAACACGAUUCCACCUCAAUAUCAAGUCAAUACAAGUCCGCUUUGGCUUCAAGUAAACACGACCACCUCGUCGUCACCACGAGUCCACCUCGGCGUCGUCAACACGUGUCUACCUCGACAUCAAAUAAACAAGUCCGCCUUGAUUUGUCCUUCCUCGCCAAGACAACCUCGUUGACUUGUCUUUUAUCUAAAAACGACCUCGUCAUAACCAUGUCUCAUCAUCGCAUCGAUCAGACUUCGCCUCGCCGUCACGUUGAUCAAGCUUUACCUUGUUGUCAGAUUGAACAAGCUUCACCUCGCUGUCGCGUCACCUUCACUGACUUCGCUUCGUUGUCACAUCGAACAAGCUUCGUCUUGCCGUCUCAUCGAACAUACUUCAUCUUAUUGUCGCAUCAAACAAGCUUCGUCUUGCUGUCACAUCGAUCAAGCUUCGCCUCGCCAUCGCGUCGAUCAAGCUUCACCUCGCCGUCGCGUCGAUCGGGCUUCACCUCACCGAUCAAACUCUACCUCAUCAACGUCACCUCGCCUCGACAGAAUCACCUCAUAGCAUCAUCACCACGUCAAGUCGUCGGAUCCACAUAUCAACCUUGCGUCAUCGUGUCACCCAAUGUCUUUUGA